AUGGCAUCUCAGGCCAGUCCUGCCCACACACACACACACACACACACUUAUACUCAUUUAUACACUGCCAGCUGACAUGGACUACGAGCCCAAGAAAAUCAAGAAGGGGUUUGUUUUACCAAUUAAGCGACUGGUCUUCCCAAAGUUGGCCCGGAGGCAGGCAGACAGGGGCAGUGCAUAUCGCAGGCCUCUGCACACGGUGCCUCUUUACCCACCAGACUUUCUCAUCCAUCCUGAACGCCUCAUCUACGACUAUGUGGAAAAGGAAGUGAAGUUUCUGGGUCAUCUGACAUGGGUGUCUUGCUCCCUAAACCCCUCCAGCAGAGACGAACUACUGCAGCUUCUGGACACUGCCAGGAAGCUGAAGGUCCUGCCUCUUCAGACAAAUGUAGAGCAGGACUGUAUCCUCAGUCUGUCUGCACGCUGUCUGCUGCUCACUUGGAGGGACAAUGAGAAACUACUGCUGCGAAUCCCCACGCAUGAGAUAGCUGCUGCCUCCUACCUGCGGGAUGAUGCCUUGCACCUGCUUGUGCUCAAAACAGGUUUGAAUGUGGACACCAUUAUAGCAGGGGACAGCCUUGAAAGAAGGCCUACUGGUAUAGAAGGCCGCAGACAGACCAUGAGCAACGCUGACCCUCGGCCUGCAGGGGGCACCAUGGAGAGACGCCAUACCAUCUGUGGUGUGGACUGGAAGCCAUUGUCUCGCCAUGAGUCCAAGCAGCCUGGCACUGGUGUGGGUGGAGUAGGGUCUGCGGGUGGAGGAGGAGGCGGCAACAGUGGAGGUGGCAGUCUGGAACGGAGGCAGGUUGGGGGUAGUUGGGAGCGACGGCAAACCCACAAGCCAUGCGGAGGAAGCUGGGAGAAGAGAACCAUGAGUGGGAGCUGGGAGAGACGGCUUGUAGGAGGCAGCUGGGAGCGCCGUGGUCCUGUGGGCAAAGGUGGAGGGGGUGUGGGGGGCAGUUGGGAGAAGAGACACGGAUCUGGGGGAAAAGCAGGAGGUAGCUGGGAAAGGAAGCACGGGCAAGGGGGCAGCUGGGAGCGGAGGCAAGCCUUCAUGGGAAGCUGGGAGAGAGGCAAAACAUAUGGAAGUUGGGAGAGAAGGAACCACAAUCCACUGGAGCCCACACCGUGCCCUGAUGCUUACUGUAACCUGGUCGUACUGGCUGUGGAGAACAGGGAUGCUGCAGAGGAGUACUGUGCACUCAUCUGUCAGAUGUUUCAAAUCAUCUAUGGACACCAGACCAUUGAGUGUGUGGACAGGGCAGGGUAUCACUACACCAUGCCUGACCGUUAUUGGCUACAGAGAAGUGACAGCUGUCUGACAGAUAUGACGUAUAGCUAUGACACAGACUUCAGCUGCUGCAGCUCAUAUGAUGGCUCUCAGUAUGCUUUUGAACCAUACUACAGUGAGAACUACAGUGAGAAUUCAUCUCUUUCUUAUCAGGACUCGCAUCGCAGCCUGGCAUCCAUACACAGUGACUCGGAACCUAGUAAUGCAAGCCUGCAGCUAAUGCAAGAGUACAUGAUUACGCUACGCAACAAGCUGUCUCCCCAGGAGAUUCAGCAGUUUGCUGUGUUGCUGAGGGAGUACCGUGUGGGUGCUCCCAUAAACCAGUUCUGCUCGGACCUGGCCCAACUCUAUGGAGACUCACGGAAGUUCCUCCUGCUCGGCGCUUUGAGAAUUGUGCACAGGACCGUGUUUGUAGCCCUGAAUCUGAGGAGAGACGAGUCAUCAACGGUGUGCACAGGUAUGCGUCCCUUCAUCCCUGACCAGGAUGUGGGAACUUUCGAGACAUUCCUGGAAAGCAUUGGCAUUCGGGAGGGUGGGAUUCUGACAGACAGUUUCGGGCGGAUCAAACGGAGUAUGAGCAGCACGUUGGCCACGGCUGUUAGAGGCUACGAGGGAUCAUAUGACUUCAACAGUAGGAUGAGUGACAUCGCACAAGACAUCGAGGCCCUCGGGUUUGAGGAGGGAGAUGGAGACAUUGAGGAAGAGGACUACUACCUUUGAUUACUACCUAAACAGUUUAAAUUUUAAGUCCUUACUAAGGAUGAAUCACUAAAAGAAUCAUUUCCAUUAUGAGAUUUUAUGUACUUUUAAAGAUUUAUACUAUAGUACACAUUAAGUUAUAGUUUUUUGAGGGCCCUCCCCAGCAGAAUGUCUCAUUCUGCCUCAGCACUAUCCUAUAAGGUGGGCUGAGGUGGUGGCAGAAUAAACAACCAUUUGCUUCUGGCAUAAAUACAGAAUAAACAAAAUUCAUGAAUUUUUUUUUUUUUUUUUUUUUUAGGGACUUGUUUAAUGCAAAGUGUUCUAACUUUCACAUGAACUGAAUCUAAAUCCCCUUUGCACAUUGAAUAUGAGCAGUGUGAGCAAGCAUCUAAUUACCUACAGAUAGUAGGAUGUUUACUAGGUUCUCUCAAAUUUCUGACCAGUUAUUAAAAAUAUUUCAUUAUCCAUUAAUACUUAUUACACCACAAUGCAAAUGUGUAAUACCAAAUAGGAUGCACUGUUUCACAAAAACUACAGUUAGAGGCCAAGCAACGCAGGUGCAAGGCACCUAUUGUAUCCAUUCGUUUUCUUCUGCUUAUUAUUAUUCUUCCACUCUUGAGUCUAUGGCAGCCCACAGAACUGCUUGCGGCAUGCAGAUAGAGGACAUUAACCAUAGCAAGAUUGGAACCUCUAUCUCAAACCGUCUAGCACCACCAACUGCUCAAAGUUUGACUCAAGUUUAUGCUAGUAACUUUUGAACCAAAAACUUGUGAAACAAAAUUCUUUUUUAUCUGAUUCCUCAGCUCAAGACGAUUUGAUUGCAUCCUAUGACAUCUUUUUUCUGUCAUAAAAUAUAGAAUUUUCUGAAAAACGUACUUUUUUGAACUCGUCCUAGACGGUAGGCUAUGUCCGAUUUUCACCAAAAUUGGUUCAGAUCAUCUUGAGACCAUGCUGGAAAGAAAUUAUUAAAAACAUUUUGAUAGACCAAACUGUUCUUGAAUAACACGUGAACAAAUUUGAAGGUGAGAGAAAGUUUUUUAAACUGCUAAUAAGUUUUGCCUGCUUUUGCCUGUUCUCAUGAUAUUGGUCUCGAUAGAUUCCUUGGGUCAUGCUGAGAACAGUGAUACCAAUUAUGUCAUGGUCGGCUGAACUUCCUGUCCGCCAUUUUGAAUUGCUUUGAAAAUGUACUUUUUCUAACUCCUCUUAGAUCGUUGCUCCGAAUUUAACCAAAAUUGGCUCAGAACAUCAUGAGACCAUGGUGGCAAAAAAUUAUCAAAACGAUUUUUGAUAAGCCAAACUGUUCUCAAAUUACGUGUGGACGAAUUCAAUGGCGAUCAUGCCAAAAUGGACAUGAAGCUAUGUCUCUGUACUGCAUCAGCAUAUUCAGACCAAACUUAGUACCGAUCAUUGGCAUCAUGACUUGAGGGUACCCACAUUGUUUCAGAACAUUAUUAAAAAAUAUACUGCAGUUUCAAAAAAUGCUAAUAGCUUUUGAGUACUUUUGCCCAUUGCCAUGAGACUGGGCUUGAUAGAUUCCUUGGCUCAGGCUGAGAACAAUGAUACCAAUUAGGCCAUGGUCAGCUGAACUUGCUGUCUGCUAUUUUGAAUUGUCUAAAAAAAAAAAACCCUACUUUUUCUAACGCCUCCUAAACUGUUUGUCCGAUUUUACCAAAAUGUAGUCACAUCAUCUUCAUACCAUGCUGACAAAAACGUAUGAAACUCAAGCUGAUUUGUGUCAUGGUCAUCAUGACAUGAAGAUGCCUGCACCGUUUUGGAAAAUCACCACCUAGUGCUCACGAGAUAUUAAAAAAGCCAUUUUCGCUUAUAACUUCUGAACGGUUUGUCAUAAAAUCAUGACCAUGCUAAAAUCACGCUUGCUUAUCUCCUUACUUUGCCUCUGUAGUGCUUGGUCCCGUAAUUUCUGCUGGGAGUUAUAUUUUUAAAUGUUACUGACAUACAGUCAUAGGCCAGUUUUUAUUAGGGGUUUCGCUUGUGGUUUCCUGGCCCCAAGCUACUACUUAUGUGACUUAUUUAGGAAGUUACAUGGCGGAAGUCGCACAGCUCUGUUACGCACACACGCACGCACGCACACACACACACACACACACACACAGACACACAUACACACACCUGUGUGGAACAUAUCUUUUACGAGUGGAACAUAGCAUAGCUUUUUUCAUAUCUCAUGACCACUAGAUAGGUUUUGAGUAAGUGUUUAUAUUUAGAAUAACUGACAUGAAGAUAUGAUAGACCGACUAUUUAGAGUAUUUAUUUUACGUUGAUAAAAGCAUGUACUGGAAAAACUGAAAACAGCUACAUGUACACUGAGCUCUGAGAGCUUGGCUGACUCUGAUAUAGUGUCCCAUUAAAAACACAUUUCUUGUAUUAAACCUUAUUAAACGUUAUUUAUAGCACCUUGUUUUAAUUUGGUGGUGACAUGAAUGUGACUGUAGCAAAGCACAUAACCAGCCAUUUCCAACAAAGUCUUUUGGAAUACAGUAAUGCUGUUCUAUUUUCUUCCCCAUAGUCUUAAUCCAGAAACAUCACCCUGAUUCACUUAAAAAGUUGUUCACUUGGUCAUGAAAACAAAAUAAAGACAAAUAUUUGAACAGGUCUCCCCACUCCCCAAUAGGAUGAUCAGUGUAAGUUGUUAGUAUUUUAUUUAAAGAUCUUUUUUUUCAUUUAGUACUGCCCUUCAGAUACUAAAUAAGAUAGUUACAUGUCAUCCAGAAGAGAAAAUAUUAACAAUUUACACCAAUCAUCCUGUUCAAAAGUUUACAUCCCCCUGGCUCUUAAUGUAUCGCUUUACCUUCUUGAGCAUCAGUGAAUGUUUGCAAUAUGUUUUUAUAAUAGUUGUGUACUAGUCCCUCAGUUGUCCUCAGGCUGAAAAGAUGGAUCUCAACAUCAUAUAGCUACUGUUAGAAUGGGGUCAAAUAUACAGAAGGUGCUGGAAAAGCAAAGAAUGUGCAAGACCUGGAGGAUUUUUAUGAAGAACAGUGGUCAGCUUAACUGCUCAGGACAAACAAGGGACUCAUGAACAUGAGUUGACAUGAACAACUCAUGAACAACUACUGUAUCACAAAACAUAAAAACUGUCGUGGAUCACCCAGGUAACGACACAGUAUCAAGUGUCUGUAAACUUAUGAACUGGUUCCUUCUGUGGAAAUUCAGUUAUUAUUGUGUCUUGUGGACUAGAUGUAAACAUCUUUUAUGUGAAAUAUCUUAUUCAGUGCAGAACUAAAUAAAAAACUAAAUGCAA